AUGGGGGCUUGGCCCCCUUGUUGCCCUGGCUGGGGAGGCACCGUUGGAAGUGUUCUAACAGCCCUCAUCCUUUUCCCCAAACAUCCCAUCUUUCAUGUCCCUCACUUCGAUGAUGGUAGAGAUCUAGGGAUGGGAUUGCAGGGGCUAGCACUAGAGGGGUGGGUUCAUUCAGUUCGUCAAUGA